CGACCCGGAAGACAACUACCCCCGCUCUUACUGACCCGGCCGUCAUGGCUGCAGCUGCGCCCCCGUUGCUCCACGUGCGCCGACAAAUCAGCGUCGCGCUCUACGGCGAGGUUCUCGAGUGCGAGCUGCCCGGCGACGACGAAUCGGUAGCAGUCAAGUGCAUCUCGCUCACGCGAGCGGCUGAAGCACGACGCCAACUGCGCACCACGCGGGAGAUCUACAACCCGAUGCAAGAACAACGCGUGGCUGAGCUCAUUAUGGCCAACGGAGGCCACCGCAACGUGGUGCAGCCGCUCUUCCACUUCACGCACGACAGGAGACUAUACCUCGUCAACGAGCUGUGCCGGGGAGGAGACCUGCACUCACUCGUGGCGGCAAGGAUGAGCGUAUCGUCCCUCCUGGAAGAACAUGAGGUGCUGCCGUUGAUGCGCCAAGUGCUGGAACGCGUCAACUACCUGCAUUCGGCGCUCGGCGUCGCGCAUCGGGACCUGUCGCUCGAGAACGUGCUGCUGAGUCGCGGGGCCUGCAAGAUCACGGACUUCGGGUUGUCGACGAACGCUCGAUCGAUGUGCGAGGCUGGCCAAGUGGGCAAGGAGUACUACAUGGCGCCGGAGAUCGUGGCGGGGGAGCGGUACGACCCCGCCCUGGCCGACGUGCGGUCGUUGGGGAUCAUGUGGUUCAUCAUGCUCACGGGAUCGCCGCUGCUGUCGCUGGCGUCCCCAUCCGAGAAGGCGUUUGGGGCGGUGGCCAAGCACGGCGUCGGCGCUGUGAUCAAAUUCGAGGCGUUUCCGAAAAGAACGUCAAAAACCGAGUUCAAGCUGCUCGGGAAGAUGCUGCAGAUUGACCCGACUCGCCGCGUUCGGUUGGAUCAAGUGCUGGCCCACCCCUUGUUCGCCCCCGCGAUGGCAGCGGAGUAA